GACCAUGCUGCCGAUGCUGUCGGCUUACUUCCGGCUGCUGCCAGUGUUCGGCCCCAAAAAUUUAUUUACCCCAUAUUGCAGAGUUUGAAAUUUCCUCUGGUGAAAAUGCCGGAGGAGACCACGCGCGAAGAAGUGGCCCACUUCAGGGCCCCUGAAAUUCAGCACAAUUCUACAGGAUGGGGUCCCUGCGAUAUGCCAGACCAAUUUAAGGACAUGCCUUACCAGCCUUUCUCGAAGGCAGACCGUUUGGGCAAGAUUUCUGAUUGGACUGGUGCAGCUUUCCAGGACAAAAAGUACACAAGCAAGUAUCAAUCUCAGUUUGGCGCUGGUAGCCAAUAUGCUUACUACCAUGAUGAAGAUGAGAGCACCUUCCAUCUGGUGGAUACUGCGAGAGUUCAGAAGCCACCGUACCAAAGAGGCCGAUUCAUGCGCAACCAGCGCAACAUGCGCGGACGGGGUGGUGGCAGGGGUGCCCAGAAUCAAUUCCAGAUGCUCGGCAAGGGCUUGAAGUCUAGGGAACGAGAACGCAAGGGCCAACAUGGUAAGAGAUUCAUCAGGAAUCAAGGCAUGCGUAACAAUAAGAACCAGCCACCCAUCAAAAAUCGAGAUGCAUCUGUGGCUGUCCGUCCUGAUUGGACCACAAUUGAAGAAAUGGACUUCCCCAGGCUUGCUAAGCUUUCUCUGCCUAAUGUGAAGGAGGCUGAUGACACGCUGUGCUGUGGGUCAUUGGAAUACUAUGACAAGACCUAUGACCGUGUCAAUGUCAAGAAUGAGAAGCCACUUCAGCGAAUUGAUCGUGUGUUCCACACUGUAACCACAACCGAUGACCCUGUUAUCCGUAAAUUAUCCAAAACUGAGGGUAAUGUGUAUGCUACUGAUGCUAUCCUUGCCACUCUCAUGUGCUGCACCCGUUCCAACUACUCCUGGGAUAUUGUUAUUGACAAAAUUGGAGAUAAGCUCUUCUUUGAUAAGAGAGACAAUACUGAAUUUGACUUGCUCACCGUGAAUGAGACCUCUGUUGAGCCUCCUCAGGAUGAUGGAAACAGCUUAAACUCUCCCCGUAAUCUUGCUUUGGAAGCCACCUUCAUCAAUCACAAUUUCUCACAGCAAGUUUUGAAGACUAAUGAGGCCCGCUUCAAAUUCAGUGAGCCAAAUCCAUUCAUAACUGAUGAAGAAGGAGAGGUUGCUUCAGUAGCUUACCGGUACCGAAAGUGGGACCUUGGUGGUGGAGUUGUACUAGUGUGCAGAUGUGAGCAUGAUGCUGUCAUGACCGGUCCCAAUGGAGAGACCCAGUUCAUCACUAUCAAGGCCCUCAAUGAAUGGGAUUCCAAGCUUUCUGGUGGGGUUGAGUGGAGGCAGAAACUGGACACCCAACGUGGUGCUGUGCUUGCCAAUGAGUUGCGCAACAAUGCCUGCAAGCUUGCAAAAUGGACAGUGCAGGCAUUACUUGCUGGAUCAGAUCAGGUCAAGUUUGGGUAUGUUUCUCGUGCUCAUGUCCGUGACUCAUCAAAGCAUGUUAUUCUGGGAACUCAACAGUACAAGCCCAAUGAAUUUGCUGCACAAAUCAAUUUGAAUAUGGAUAAUGCUUGGGGUAUUCUCCGUUGUAUUGUUGAUCUUGUCAUGAAGCAGAAGGAUGGAAAGUUCCUCAUCAUGAAGGACCCGAAUAAGCCUAUGAUUCGUCUGUAUGAUAUCCCUGACAAUACCUUUGACUCAGAAACUGAAGAUGCCGAUGAUGAUGAUGAACCUGCUGUUGAAUCAUUCCAGCCGCCAUAUAAUUAUGCUAACAACCAGAGGGUUUGAGUUCUGUUUUCUUUUUUUUUUUUAAGAACAUCCUUGUUACUCUGUGGGAUAUUUUUAGAAAGAAUCAUCAACCUAUUUUGUAUUAUUGUGCUGCUACUGUAGUGGAUCUGUAAAAUACAUAAAAACAUCUGCAUCAAA